AUGACUUUGGAGAGUACUGUGGAAUACGAGCCAAUCGAAAAUUAUUUUGAUCAGUUUUGCGCAUCAACUACCUAUGAAGGAAUACAUUCCUCAUUUCUGCGGCUAUGUGAUGCGGCAAAUUUACGUUCUCUUCCAGGUUGUGGACAGUUUUAUCGAGAAUUACGUCAGCGACUUUCGUUUUACUGGAAAGCUGAAGCUCUAUUUACGAGCUUGGACUUAAGGUUUAAUGAAGUGACAUACGCUGAUCAGACUAUCUGUAAAAACAUUCAGGUCUUAGUGGUUGGCUUUGGUCCUUGUGGAUUACGUUCUGCCAUCGAACUAGCCCUGUUAGGAGCCAAUGUGGUGGUUAUUGAUAAGAGAACAUCGUUCUCCCGAAACAAUGUGCUUCACUUGUGGCCCUAUCUCAUCAGCGACUUGAAGUCUCUCGGCGCCAAGUCGUUUUUUGGUAAAUUUUGCGCCGGUUCAAUCGAUCACAUCAGUAAGCAUCCACCUCCUUAUUUUACUCACUUAAUAGCCCUGAUGAUUCACACUACUUUGUUUUUCAUCUUUCGAGGUAUUCGGACACUGCAGUGUAUUCUCCUUAAAGUGGCCUUGCUUUUUGGCGUCCAGAUCGUUUCAGGUGUGGAAUUUCAAAGACUCAUCCAACCAUCAGAUGAUAACGCCAAUGAUGGAUAUCUGAGCAAUGGUGUCAUUUCCAAUGAGAUGAACGGAGGAAAGCCAAUGGGUGAGGAAAAUGUUCGUCCUCUGAGGAAUUUAUUUACCCUUUACACGGGCCAGUCGGCUCGUUAUGGUUGGCGUGCGGAAGUAAGCCCCUACCUCGAAGCUCUAUCAACCUUUGAGUUUGAAGCCAUCAUCGAUGCCUCAGGGAAAUCAAACUCCUGCUUAAACUUUCCUCGGAAAGCUCUUCGUUGUCGCCUCGCGAUAGCCAUCACCGUAAAUUUCGUCAAUUACCACGAUGUGGAAGAGGCUCACGUGGAAGAAAUCUCUGGCGUGGCUAGCAUUUUCAAUCAACCCUACUUUGCCCAAAUCUCCAAAAAAGUAGGCAUUGAACUGGAGAAUCUCGUCUACUACAAAGAUGAGACCCAUUACUUCGUUAUGACCAUUAAAAAGAAGUCUCUUCUGCAAAGGGGUGUUCUCAUUAGGGUGAGUAAAAUCGAGUUUUUUCCUACUCUCUUUGUGAAAGAUAGUCUUUAUCUUGUUGAUAAAGUCGUGAUAAUCUCCUUCCUUCUCAACAUAGCGAUUAUUGAAUCACGAUUUCUUAUCUUGCCAUUGAGUUUAGACUAA